AUGACAUCUACAACAAAUUCAACAGCAUCGUCGUCUGGAGGUGGCAGUGAAUCAAGCAAUGAAACAACACCAUUGGAAACCUCCUCGUCGUCAUCAUCAACAUCCUCGACUGCAUCUGCUUCAGUACCAAAUAAUAUUGAAUUGGAAUAUAAUAAAAUAUCGAGUGAUCGCAAUGGUUGGCAGCGUUUAUACCAGGAAAUUCGCGAAAAAUGCGAACGAGAAGCGAAUGAAAAGCAUUUCUGCACCAGUGAAUCAGAAAAAUCUCACAACCGUUGCUUAAACAGAUAUCGCGAUGUUAAUCCUUAUGAUCAUUCUAGAAUCAUACUGCACAGAGGCAGUGUCGAUUACAUCAAUGCAAAUUUGGUUAAGAUGGGACGGGCAGAACGUAAAUAUAUCUUAACCCAAGGACCCCUUGUAGAUACAGUUGGGCAUUUUUGGUUAAUGGUCUGGGAACAGAAGUCUCGAGCCAUUCUUAUGUUGAACAAAUUAAUGGAAAAGAAACAGCCAAAAUGUCACUUGUAUUGGCCGGAGCGUAAAGGUCCCGAAAAUGCAAUGAGAUUGAAUGAAGUGAAAUUAACUGUAGAAUUCCUACAUUGGACAGAGUACAAAAACUUUUGUGUUCGAUGGUUCAAAUUGACUGACCUUCAAUCGAACCAAAGUCGAAAUAUUAUACAAUUCCAUUAUACAACCUGGCCCGAUUUUGGUGUGCCCAGUUCACCAGUUGCGUUUUUAUAUUUUCUCAAAGAGGUACGAGCUUCAGGAGCUUUAGAUCCCAACGAAGGACCUGCAGUUGUACACUGCAGUGCUGGUAUAGGUCGUUCGGGCACAUUCUGUCUGGUUGACUGUUGUCUGGUGUUGGUUGACAAAGAGGGUGUAAAUAAUGUUUCUGUGCAGGAUGUCUUGUAUGAAUUACGUCGAUAUCGCAUGGGAUUAAUACAAACCGCCGACCAAUUGUAUUUUUCAUAUCAAGCCAUUAUUGAAGGCAUUAAACUACUUAAAGAUCAGAACUUUAUGAAUUAUAAUGAAGUGGUGUACAACUCAGUUGAAGAUCAUUGCCAACAAAAUGACGAGUACAAUUUAGAUGAAACUCCACCGCCUUUACCACCGCGUACACAUUCACUUCUACCCAUGGCGGGUAGUGGUGCCGAUGGGUCGUUACGUUUGAACCUAGCAGCCGGCAACAAUUCUCAAAACAAACCUUUGCCCAAUAUACCGACCAGUGUUAGUUUCAAUGAUGACUUGUAUGCGCCCGACAAUGACAAAACCAACAAGGAUGCUUUGAAUAAUUUCAUAAAUAAUGAACGAAAUUCAGAUGCUACGAAUAUGACACAUCGGCCGCUACCACCACUGCCACGGGAGAAUCCAUUAGAUCGCGUACAUGAAUCGGACAGCGAUGAGAACGAGUACUCGGAGGAUGACAGUGAUGUUGAAAAUGACAAUGAAGACCACCAUGUCGUUGCUGAAGCGGAAGUCAAUGACAACGAUGCGGCAACAAAGCACAAUCACCAACACAGUAAAACACUGGCAAAUGAGAUGGUGGACCAAGAAACUAAGAAAUUGAAUGGUAUUGACGCGACAGAACCAGUGAGCCCCGACAACGAAUUGAGGCGCCGUAAACGAGCCGAACGUCAAGCGAAUAUCGAGCAAAAAGUUAAUGAAAUCAAAAGAAAACAGCGCGAAAACGAGGAGAACAAACAAACGGCGAAAAAACGAAGGUCAUUAAUUACUUAUAUAACAGCGGGUGUUGUUGUGGGUGUUAUCUGUGUUUAUGUCUAUUCCAAAUGGGCCUAGAUC